AUGUCAAUUUUGUACUUUAGGGAAGUGUUCAAGGUAAUUGAGAAGUCUCAGUCUCUUCGUCAGACCUUUGUGGGCGUGGCGAAGCAGACCGGUUGGACAGCUCUUGGUACGGUGGCUGGAGGGCUACUCGUGGGACCAUUAGGAGCACUUGUUGGAGGAGUUAUAGGAGCUGCCUGCGGUUAUAAUUAUAGUAGUGACUAUGAUGUUAGUUUUUGCUGGACUCGUUUCUGUUUUUUAUGGUGUUUACUGUAUUUACGAUGGAAGUGGCUAUGA